ACAGAAUAUCUGUUGAUGUAGGCCUACAUUGUUAAUGACAUUAACAGAAUAUCUGUUGAUGUAGGCCUACAGCUGCUUGCUGUUGUUUCAGUACUGAACCAUAACGGAAUAUCGAGUGAAACUUUUCAAAACGCGUGGCGUUUAUGUCUAUGCGCGUGCGAUCAUAAAUUGAGCAGAUUAAAGUUGUUUGUUGCAAAAACUAGAUUCAUUUAGAGGGGAAAACACAUUUGAUAUAAAUACAACCCAAUAGAUACAAGCUAGAUAAGAGUGCGACAAAAAAGAAAUUGUCGUUUUAUGCUGAACGGGUUUGUUUUUUUAUAUUGUGGAGAUUUCUUUGCGUACUACCACAGGGAGCCCUCGUACCACCGGUGGUACGCGUACCAUAGUUUGAGAACCACUGCUCUAAUAGAUGCUGGUUGAAAAGUGGUCUAGUAGUUUGUUGAGCAUAUUGUCUCCUAUUCUGAAGCUGCUUCAGAUCCUAGUCUUCCUAUUGGCUGAUUGAAGCGCCCAUGGUUAUGUCCUUUUCUGAGCUGCUGUCACACGGUCGUAGUUAUCCUGGUCCAGUGCUUCCUCUGUCAUUAGCUCUUUAUGGACACUUACUUUAAAAAACACAGUUCAUGUCAAUGCAUAUUAAAGCAAACGUGGUCUUAUGAGGAACUUUGAUAUGCUUAUAUACUAUGUACUAUAAUUAUUCAAGAGCCAUGGCACACAUCACAGUUCAGACCCCAAUGAAUCAUAAUGAGGACUAUUAUUGUUGAAUAAAAUCUAAAAAAAACCAUAGCACUCGUUCUCAUAUUAGAGCUGCACACUUAGAUAGACAAACUUACCUGAUGUCAACAUGAUUCCCAUAAACUAUUUUUUUUUUCUUGAUCAAUGGUAAAGGCACGUCUGGCUGAUUGACCAUAUCCUGUCUCUCGUUCCUGUUGUUGAUUUUUCCUGUUAUGUCCUUUAAUCAAACCUUAAAUGGAAGGUCACAGUCAGCUAAAAAUCAAAGGCGUCACAUCAGGUUGUAGCAUGAGCAACAUGUUAGAAGUUCUUCAGAGAAAGAGCAUCAUAUAAGAUAAAGACAGACACCUGUUGCUUCACUCUAUCGAGAGAACAUGUUUGCCUCCUGAUGGACCUUUCCGGCAGCUCUCAGGAGGAUGUCAGAUUUCCUGGGUCGGGAUCUGAGUGAGGAAACCAUCCAGAAGAUAUCACAUCACUGUUCCUUUAAGACCAUGAAGUCCAACGGCAUGUCCAACUUCUCCCUGGUUCCUAAGGUGUACCUGGACAACGAGAAAUCUGCAUUCUUAAGAAAAGGUAAACAGAACACACCAGUCAGCCCUCAUCCUGAGAAUGGUCUCACUGCUGCUGCUGCUGCUGCUGCAAGGCACAGAAGCGAAGAUGGACAUCAUUACCAGUAAACAAGAUGUUCUGGUGGGACAAGAGAUCUUAAUGCUGUGUCAAAAGGGAGACAUAACGUGGCAGAAGGAUGGGGAAGAUACUGAAGAGGAAGAGAAGGUUUCUACGAUGGAUGAGACCUCCUCUAAAUUACAUAAGAAGGCCACAAUGCAAGAUGCGGCCAAGUACACCUGUCGGUGUGACUUUGACAGCGGACAUCAAGAUGAAGUUCAGAAAACGCUCUCCACUUAUGAGGGUCCUUCUUUUGGAGGCACCUCUACUUACCAUGAGUUUCUGGAGGGCACAGAUGGUGUGGUGCCGUGCCAGGUGACAGGACAGCCAGCCGUUGAUGUUCACUGGUUCAGAGACAGACAAGAAAUUUCAACCAAUGCAGGAAGGCGUGUGCGUCAUCUUCCUGAUAACACACUCCUUAUUCAAGGUGUGAGAAGAGAAGAUGCUGGGACUUACACGUGCCAUGCCGAAAUCAGAGGAAGGCCAAUCGUCAAGCAACUAGCAAUCUCUGUUGUUGUCAAUGGUCAGUAUCUUUUUCACAUCAAGAUCCAAUUGAUGGCUGGACCAGAAACCAACGUUACCUUUCUGUGUCUGGUAGCCGGCCAUCCACAACCCAACAUCACCUGGACCAUGUAA